AUGCAUUCUAAUCAUUUAACUCAAUCAUUCGAUAUUGGAUGUUUUAGUGUCCUGAAACGCUCGUAUAAUAGUCAAAUUGAUGGAUUUAUCAAGAAUAUAAAAGCUGGGUUUCGAGGAACUGGAUUAAUACUAUUUAAUCCUGAAGCUGUACUCUCAAAGUUAGAUAUUCGAAUUCAUACAUCUAUUCCCCCCUCUUUCAAUAUAGAUCCUUGGAUCUCUCAAACACUUCACAAUCCAACUGAAGCUCUUUCUCAAUCAACUUUAGUAAAAUCUCGAAUAAGUCAUCAUCAAUCAAGCUCUUCUACACCUAUAUUCGAAACUAUACUAGCUUUAACUAAAGGUACAAAGAGAUUAACAUAUAAGAAUACACUUUUAAAUGCAGAAAAUCGUACAUUUCGGAAGGCAAACAAGGCAUUAAGCAAACGUCGACACGCAAAAAAGAUUCAAUUACAUCAAGGAGGAGUGCUUACUGGACAAGAGGCUCUUGAUAUAUUAUCUCAACAAGAGGUUGAUGUUCAGAUUCAACGCGACGAGCGUCAAAAGAGGGGAAUUCUAAUGGGGAAGCAUCUUCUAGUCGAUGUUGUGGUACAUGUGGGAGAACUGGUCACAAUUCAAGAACUUGUCAAAAUAAGAAGUCUCCCGGAAAUUGUGUCUUGUACCAGCCAAGACGAGCUUCUUCGUCUCGGGAAGGGAAUCCUCGACGCAAUAGGGACUCUCAUGCUAUUCGAGAAAUCUUUCAUCUUCUUUUCGAUCAGUACUAUUGGCGUAGGCUAUAAUGUUCCUUGUGAUGCCUAUGCCAAAUUUGUGGUUGAUCUUUUAUUGCAGAAUAAAAUUCGCAAAUCCAUCAGUUUGUAUUUCAGACCAGAAUUCAUUGAUUCUGUCACAAAGGCUGCGGAUUUAGAUGAAGGGAAUUUUGGGAAAGAAACCCUUGACCUGGCGCUCUUGAAUAAAUAUUAUGAGAUACUUAGGGAUGUUGAUGAUGAAGACGAGGAUGCAAAGAGGUUUGCUACAUUUAAGCUAAGAAAUUUGUCCAAAGAAACUAGUUGGAAAGCAGCAAGCGCUCGAAGGACCCUAAAUGAGAAGAAAUUGAAAAACAAGACAAAGAAAUCAAUGUACAAAAUCAAAGGCUCACUGAGGGAAGCGAGCAAAAUCCUUGAUUCUGAUAUUUUCGCAUCUACUGGUAGUAAACGAUACCUCUAA